GUAUACGACUGAUGUAUGCGGGUGAUAUACAUAUUUUAUGCAGUGUGCGUGUGACAGAGUCAAAUAGCUGACACCCAGAAUUUUCACUUGAAUUUUGUGCUUUUUUAUUGCUGUCAAAAAUGAAAAAUGUCACAACAACAUUUCAAUUGAGUUUUCCGUGAUAGACGUGUACGAUUAAAGCUCGGUUGAAUGAAUCCAAUUUGGUAAUUAGUUUAUGUGCCAGCCAGAUGAGCGACGACGAUGCUAAUUUGGAAAUUGUUUCAAAUUGUUUUAAGUGAAUUUUUGUUUACUUCUUUUGCUGUUGACUACUGUGUGAAGCAAACCCAUCUACCAAAUGAAUAAUCCACGAAUUGCCGACGACCAUGACUUUGAAUCGCUGAAACAAUUGGUCGACGAUAAUGCCGGAUGGAAUUUGGAAUUGUCGAAAGCUGAAACACAAGUCUGGACGAAAUCUAUUGAAGGUUGCAGUUUUCACAUGGUCAAAAUUCAUUCCAUUUUCCAUAACAUAUCGUCGGACAUUGUUUUCGAUGUACUUCAUGAUCCGGACUAUCGCAAGGACUGGGACUCUCAUAUGAUCGCCAGUGAAGAGAUUGGUUGCUUCAAUGUCAAUAAUGAUAUCGGAUACUAUGCGAUGUCAUGCCCACCACCCUUGAAACCGAGAGACUUCGUUUUAAUGAGAUCUUGGUUGGACACAGGACCCCAAGGAGAACAACUGUUAUUAUCUCGUUCCGUUCCUCACAAAGACUAUCCUCCAAGAAAAGGAUUCAUUCGGGCAAUGUCUUACAUCACAGGAUUUGUAAUUCGACCGCAACCGAAUGGCGGCUGCUACUUAGGCUAUGUGGCCCAUUGUGAUCCGCAAGGUAAACUGCCACCAUGGUUAGUGAACAAGGUAACGCACACUGUGGGUCCACGAAUGGUAAAAGAUUUACGGAAAGCCAGCGAAGGAUAUGUUCUGUGGAAAACCAAUCAACCGCACUAUCGUAAGCCAUGGCGGUUUCCCGAGGAGAUAACGUGUCCUCGAAUAUUUUUAGACGAUUGCAUUCAACAAAUACAGGAAAAUGACAAUAGUGACGUAUCAGAAAACAUUGCUGCAUCGCAGAAGCAACAAGCGAAGCAAAGGAAAAUUCCGCGUGAUAGCCGAAAGCUUCGAUUACAAACGCAUAAGUGAAUCUGGAAAUUCCAGUGUACUGUUCAUAAUGUACGUACAAGUGCAUGACUUGCAACUUGCAACUACUUUUAUUCUGCGAUAUCUAUAAAUGCUUUCAAAAUUUUAAAUUUUUUUCUAACGCAAAGUAAUUGAAUGACGAAUUUAGUUCGAAGAAAAUAGAGACUUGAAAAUUGGCGUAGUUAGAUUUUUAGAAUGUUGCGAUGAAUAUAGCAACGGGUAGAAGGUAUACGUAUAGGCGAAAGUGUAAUGGAAUAGGAUAAUUAGGGAAAAUCAGAUUAUUCGACGCUAAAUGAAAAGACGUUAUUACUGACGCUGAAUGCAUGGUCUUUCAUCCAGGAAAAAUAAUUAAAUUUCGACUUGACGGAUUUUGAUCAAACAUAAUGCCAGUGCGUGAUGCAUGAUUUGACGAUUCCAGCAAAGUAAUUAAUUCUUCCAUCGGAUCGGUUGUGAGAUAAGGCCUCGAAAAUUUAAUUAUUUUUUCUCAUUAAGUCAAGAUUUUAAAGUCUUUUCUCUCAGCAGAUAUACGUCCGACUUAAAAACUAAUUACUUUACCGAGUCUCGAGAUCAUGUGCUACAAACCAGGACCAGGGCCUAUUUUAAGUAAUUUUAAU